AAAGACUUGGAACCAUGGAGAACCCUGGAAGAACUACAAGUGGUGAUGACAUGAGUGCACGGACUGGGAUGCUAUCUGACCUCGAUCUUCUCGAAUGUCCCAUUUGCUGCAACCAACUGGCCAGCCCUAUAUUUCAGUGUAUGAACGGGCAUAUCAUUUGCUCCGGUUGUAAAAUUAAGGUGAAGAAUAAAUGCCCUUCCUGCUCUAAGUUCAUUGGUAACAAUCGUUCUAGAAUCACGGAGAGACUUCUGGAAGCAGUGUUUUUCCCAUGCCGAAACGCUGGGUAUGGCUGUACAAAGAAACUCUCUUACGGCAAAGAGCUCGUCGACCACGAGAAGGAGUGUAAUGAUACUGUUUGCUAUUGUCCUGAACCAUACUGCCCCUUCGCUGGUUUCGAUAAGAGUCUGUACCAUCAUUUCAAUGUUUGCCACAAGGAUUGUACGUACGCAUCAAGGUUGAGGUCUGGCCAGCACGUUGACGUUUACGUACAGGUAAACAUUAACCAGGCGAUGAUAGUCCUUCAGGAAGAUCAUCAUGGUCCCCUGGUUAUUCUUCAGUCUUUUAGGAAGGCAGACGGGUUGGCUGUGAUUGUAAACUUACUCGCUCCUUCUGCUCCGGGAGAUGUGAAACUUGGCUGUAAUCUCUUCUACCGGAGGGGACAAGUAAAGUUUAUGUAUGACUCCGACGAGAUGAAUAGGAUUCAAAAGGUGAGUUUCGAAGCUCCUAGGUCGAACUACUUGUCUAUUCCUUACGAGGUCCUGGAUGAAAGCUUCGUAUUCAUGAAGAUGGAAAUUCGCAUUCGCGAAUCAAGAUAUGAGGAGGAAGAAGAUGAUGAAGAUGAGGAUGAAUAUGAGGAUGAAGAUGAGGAUGAAGAUGAGGAUGAAUACGCAGAGGAGUAAUGAUAUUAAUUACAUUAUAUCUGUUGUAAUAGGUCGUUAAGUUCAUAUUUGUUGGUAAUAUAUUUCUGAUGUGUUCUUUUUUUGUUGUUGUUG